GUUCUUCACGCCAUUAAUAAAAACUCGUCCAAUUCUUCUUCUCAAACAUCUAAUAUUACUUUUUCCUGUCAAACAAUAACAACAAAACAGAUCUGUGAUUGUGUUUUGAUCUCGUGACAAACAAACAAGAAAUUACUACAGCGUUAUUCUUCUGUAAUAAAUCAAGAAGUUAAGCUGCCUUGUCUUCCAAGAAACUAGAUUCGUCUGUGUGUUGAAUCUACGACCUGAUCUCGAAGCAUUAACAAGAGACAUGGGAGGCGCGGUGACGAAAUCUGAAACUGAGCAAAAAGAAUGGGUUCCAGAGACAAAGCUAGAGGCCAAAAUCAUAGAAGCCGUGCGACGCAGGGCAUCGAGGGGCACCACAACGAAAUCUUUCAACAGUAUUGUUCUCAAGUUCCCAAAGAUCGAUGACGGUCUUCGAAACUGCAAAGCCAUUUUCCAAGAGUUCGAUGAGGAUUCGAAUGGGUCAAUUGAUCACACGGAGCUAAAGAAUUGUUUCAGGAAGCUAGAGAUCUCGUUCGAUGAAGAAGAGAUAAAUGAUUUGUUCGAGGCUUGUGAUAUUAACGAGGAUAUGGGGAUCACAUUUACUGAGUUCAUUGUUCUUCUCUGCCUCGUCUAUCUUCUUAAGGACGAUUCCUCCACUCUCCAAAAGAAAUGGAGACUGGGGAUGCCUAAGCUGGAACCGACGUUUGAGACGCUAGUGGACACAUUCGUGUUCCUGGACGAGAACAAGGAUGGAUAUGUUAGCCGCGAGGAGAUGGUCCGAGCCAUUGAUGAAUCUGGAGAACGAUCCUCAGGGCGGAUUGCAAUGAAGAGAUUUGAGGAAAUGGACUGGGACAAAAAUGGAAUGGUGAACUUUAAAGAGUUUUUGUUCGCAUUUACUCAGUGGGUCGGGAUAGAUGAGAAUGAAGAAGACGACGACAACAAUUGACAAGGCUUGAUGUUUGUGGGUUUCUAAGUCUAUAUAUUUUGUGUGUGUGCUUGCAUAAUGUAGUAGUAACAAAAUAUAUUAGUUGAUGUUUAUGUAAUGCAAACAGAAUAAUUCAUUAUUAAACACAAA